AAGAAAAGUGGUGAGGGAAGAAGGGAGGGAGCUGGAGGAGGAGGAGCCUCGCGUUGACUUUCACAUCCAUUCAGCCUUUUUUGCUGCAGCAUUGAACUUGCAGAGAGAGCGAGAAAGGGUGAAAAAGGGCAGUCUGGACGUGCAGAAGGCGCUCUGUGCUAUUAUCACUGGGACUAGUAGGUUUCCUUGCCGAGGCUUUAUGAAAUGUAAAAAAGGGGACCGCUUUGCGAUUCACUGAGGAGUGUUGCUGAAGAGGAGGGGCUGGGGACCAAGAGAAUAAUUAUGCACUUUUAGAUCGACGUCGCCCUGAACGCAGCGCAGCAACAUCGCAGAACCUCAAGUGUGUUUAAUCUCCGAAGUUGUGUGUGUCAAGCGGGCGAUGAUUCACGUCUGAUUGUUGCUGUACUAUAUGGAGAGGACUGCACAAGGGCUAACGCUGCAUCGUGGCUACUGAGAUUCCUGCCUGAGGAUUGCACAAUCUGUUCUCCCCAAAAAUGUCAUCUCAGGCGAAAGUCAAGAAGGACAAAGAGAUUAUUGCCGAAUAUGAGACCCAAGUGAAAGAGAUCCGUAACCAGCUGGUGGAGCAGUUCCGCUGUCUGGAGCAGCAGUCCGAGUCCCGGCUGCAGCUGCUGCAGGACCUGCAGGAGUUCUUCCGCAGAAAGGCCGAGCUCCAGCUUGAGUACUCCAGAGGCCUGGACAAACUGGCUGAGCGCUACUCCUCCAAGAUCCGCUCCUCCAGAGAGCACCAGCACUUCAAGAAAGAUCAAAAUCUCCUCUCCACUGUGAACUGCUGGUAUUUGGUCUUGGAUCAAACCCGACGCGAGAGCAAAGACCACGCCACACUCAGCGACAUCUACAACAACAACGUCAUUGUCCGUUUGGCGCACGUGGGUGAAGAUGUCAUCAGACUUUUCAAAAAGAGUAAAGACAUCGGCGUACAGAUGCAUGAAGAGUUAGUGAAAGUCACCAAUGAACUGUACACGGUGAUGAAGACAUACCACAUGUACCACACUGAGAGUCUCAGUGCUGAGAGCAAACUGAAGGAGGCAGAAAAGCAGGAGGAGAAGCACAUUGGCAAGGCUAAUGACAUUGGCCUGCGUUAUGGCUACGAUGAUCGUCCACAGCGUCGAAGUUCUGUAAAGAAGAUGGAGAAACUGAAGGAGAAGAGACAAGCCAAGUACUCUGAAAACAAGAUGAAAUGCACAAAGGCCCGGAAUGACUAUCUUCUCAAUCUGGCAGCUACUAAUGCCCUGGUGGCCAAAUACUACAUCCACGAUGUCUCAGACAUGAUAGAUUGUUGCGACUUAGGGUACCAUGCAAGCUUAGCACGCACCUUGAGAACCUACCUUUCUGCAGAAUAUAGUCUAGAAACUUCUCGGCACGAAGGGUUGGACUUAUUGGAGGGAGCAGUGGAUGCCAUGGACACCAGAGGAGACAAGCUGAAGUUUAUGGACACACAUUGCCAGAUCUUCUGUCCUCCUGCAUGCUUUGACUAUCAGCCACACAUGGGAGAUGAGGUGUGUCAAGUGAGUGCACAGCAGCCUGUCCAGACAGAACUCUUGAUGCGCUACCACCAGCUGCAAUCACGUCUGGCCACACUAAAAAUAGAAAAUGAAGAGGUGAGGAAGACUCUUGACGCCACCUUGCAGACCCUCCAUGAUAUGCUUACUGUGGAGGACUUUGAUGUUUCAGAGGCUUUCCAGCACAGCCAAUCCACAGAGUCUGUGAAAUCAGCCUCAUCUGACUCUUACAUGAGCAAGGCAAACAUCGCCAAAAGACGAGCCAAUCAACAAGAGACUGAGGGCUUCUACUUUACUAAAUACAAGGAGUACUUGAAUGGCAGCAAUCUCAUUGUCAAACUGCAGGCUAAGCAUGACCUUCUGAAGCAGACGCUAGGAGAAGGGGAGAGGGCUGAAUAUGGAACAACGAGGCCCCCAACUCUUCCCCCUAAACCCCAGAGAAUGCGGAAGUGUAGACCUCGCUCCAUUUUUAACCCUAGGCUGUUUAACGGCAAUAUGGAGGCCUUCAUUCAGGAUUCAGGCCAGCCUAUACCAGCGGUGGUUGAGAGCUGUAUUCGAUACAUCAACCUGUAUGGUCUUCAGCAGCAAGGUAUAUUUCGAGUUCCAGGAUCCCAGGUCGAAGUCAAUGAUAUUAAAAAUGCAUUUGAAAGAGGAGAAGAUCCACUGAUGGAUGAUCAGACAGAUCAUGAUAUUAACUCUGUGGCGGGAGUUCUUAAGCUUUACUUCCGGGGGUUGGAAAACCCCCUGUUCCCUAAAGAGCGUUUCGCCGACCUCAUAUCCACUACCAAGCUUGACUCUGGUGCAGAAAGAGCUCAUCACCUUCAGCAGAUAAUCGUGACUCUUCCGCGGCCUGUGAUCAUCGUCAUGAGAUACCUGUUUGCAUUUCUAAACCAUCUUUCCCAGUACAGCGAUGAGAACAUGAUGGACCCCUACAAUCUCGCUAUUUGCUUUGGCCCCACACUGAUGCCCAUACCAGAUGACCAAGAUCCUGUGGCCUGCCAAGCACAUGUUAAUGAGAUCAUUAAGACAAUCAUCAUCCACCAUGAGGUCAUCUUUCCAACCCAGCGAGAACUGGAGGGACCUGUGUAUGAGAAGUGCAUGGCUGGAGGGGACGAAUACUGUGAAAGCCCCCACAGUGAACCAGGAGCUCUGGAUGAGAUUGACAAUGGUACCGGGCCUAACACAAGUGAUGAUGAAUUGGAGCAAAUCGAAGCCAUAGCCAAAUUUGACUACGUGGGCCGAAGUCCAAGAGAGCUGUCCUUUAAGAAGGGAGCCUCUCUGCUGCUCUACCUGCGAGCUUCUCAGGACUGGUGGGAAGGGCGACAUAAUGGUGUGGAUGGGCUGAUCCCACAUCAAUACAUUGUGGUACAAGACAUGGACGACGCGUUCUCAGAGAGCAUUCAUCGGACUGAGAGUGAGACCAGCAGUGGGCCGCACCACGAUGACAGAACCUCAUCAAGGAAUGAGCGUCAGUCUCCUUGUGAACACACACCUGAGAACCGCUUUGGACCAGCAUUAGGAAGGGUGCGAGUGCGAUCAGAUGGCGCUGCAGCUCCACGCCAUAGGAACGGCGCCGACAGCCUGAGCCCCACCAGAGCUGCUGAUCUACCCCCCAGGGUUAUGCCUCGCCCCCAGAGUCCACACAAAAUAGCUGUCAGCAGGGGUCUAACUGACAGUCCUGAGAAACGCCGUCUCACCACAUUUGGCAGUGCUGGCUGCAUUAGCCACCCUGAUAGAAAGGCGUUUGUCGACAGCCACUCUCAAAGAUCAUCACCAAGCACCACCCGGCAUGCAAGUUUAGGAGACCACAAGGCUCUUGAGACCGAGGCACUCGCUGAGGAUAUAGAGAAAACAAUGAAUACAGCCCUGCAUGAGUUGCGUGAGUUGGAGAGGCAGAAUGUAGCCAAGCACGCGCCUGACGUUGUGCUCGACACAUUGGAGCCGCUUAAGCACCCUGGUGGAGUGCAGGAGGUGUCUGCCAGCCCUCUCCAUACCAUGGUGAUCAGGGAUCCAGAUGCAGCCCAGCGACGCAGCAGUAGUAGCUCCUCAUCUGAGACUAUGACCACUUUUAAGCCCGCUCUGUCAGUCCGUAGACCAAGUGCUCCUUUAAGGCCCCCGCCUGUCAGACCUGUUCGACCGGCUCCUGUGAUUGGACAGGGCCAAGGACCUCACCGCUCCAGCAGCUCCAGUUCGUCUGGUUUGGGCAGCCCGAGCAUUACUCCCACUGACAGGGUCUUCCCCAAAGCACCGUCUCCAUCACCAUCCACCUCCUCUUCUUCCUCGGACAAACAAGGUAACAUGUAGCUCCAGUCAGACAAGUGGUUGAAGAAUGCUGUGGAUACAGAGUGAUUCAGAUUAUCAUCAUGUUCCUUCCCCUUUUUUUGGACGGCAAAACAAACAUUGACACCCGAUGAAUAUUUACCACUAAUCUUGUGUAGUGUAGGAUAGGUGCUUGUUUCUGCCCACAACAUCCACUCUGUUUCCACGUGUGUUGGGAACAAGUCAAUGUACUGUACUGCAGUGAUAUGUUACGCAAAAAUAGGAUUUAAAUCUAUGAGAAUUAUUUUAUAGUAAUGCUGUCAUGCUGAAUAGCCAUGCUGGGUAAAGGGAUGCACUGGAAAAUGCUUCUGUUUACUGAAACACAACAGAGAAGUAUCUCAAUGAAAUGUUAUUAGGUUACAAAGAUGCCAUGAGCGUGUUCUUUGUAAGUGGUUUCCUGCUCCAUUAUAAAGGGAAUACUUAAGGGAAUAUUUCACCACUAAUCAUGUAGACAUCUAGUCUGUGGUGGUGGUUCAUAAUAUUCCUUUUAUAUACCAUUUAUAUUGAAAGAAGUUGUCUCAGCAAGCCUGUCCCACAGCGUCACAGCAUAAGCAGACAGACAGACAACAUGGCCGGAUGGGGAAAACACAGUGGACCUGUCUCAAACUGCAGUUUUUCUAAUGACCACUAGAUGCUGGCUCCAAGGAAAUUGCAGCUGUGUAAUGUUAUCAUGGGCUUCGGCCCCAAGCCGUUAAAAGAUUCUAUACAAAACCUCUAUGCACGGUGGCUUUAAAUGAAAUCCUCCAAAUGUUACCUUGAAAUGUAAGGAGCUGGGUAAAGCUAAGAAAAAAGUGUUGGUGAAACUCCUGGCAGCAGACUGAUUGGCAACUAAAGCACAAAUGGGCCUAAUUGGCACCAGUUUGCCAGCUUGUGCUGCUGCUUCAGUCUGGCAAGUUUACGGCCACUGCGAUGGUAGUCUCAUUGUCCAAUAGCCUGUGUCAGGCAAAGUUGUGUCAGACGGCAGCAUUGCAGCUCCUCUUCUCCCUCCAUUUGUUACAUUUCCUCAGCAGUGGACCAGGACUGUUACAUACCCACUGUGAUUCUAAUAUUUGAUAGUGUCCACUCCGUGUCAGGACUGGGAAUCUGUUUCUAAAGUUACUUCUUAAUUCUUAUAUAUCAAAAGAAAAGUAAGUGAUUUCCUUAGCCAAAACUACUUUCUCUUUUUUCUUCAUCUGUUAAUGUCAGAAUGGGCCAGAGAGUAGCAAAAUAACCUGAAGUACAGUAAUACAAAUAAUACCGAAAGUUGUUGUGACCAUUAUAGAUAUGCUGUGCCUAUAAUUAAAACAAUGAAAUAAAGACAAACAUAAAAAAAGAGCUUAUAUUAUUGUCAACUCUCUAUAUUAAAGGAUUAGCUGUGUUACCUCAACAGACUCUCGUACACUUCAAAUGACUAAUGCACUUAUACAAAAAACACUACAGGGAACUGUGCUGCAUUUGUAAGUUUUGUGUUUUCAUUUUGAUGAACUUGUACUAGGAACAUGAUAUAGCACAUCAUCAUUGAAGCUUGUCAAGCCUCGUCUAGAGUACACAUGGUCACUGCAGGCUGUGCGUACGUUUAGCCAAACUUGUUUACUGUUGGUGAUAUUUGUGGUCCGUCUUAUGAGGAUGAUCAGUAUAUCUUUAAUGUGUAAUAGGUACAUCGGAAUGAAUAUAUACAUAUUGUUAAAGGACGCUUGUAAAAGUAACAUUGUAUGAUAGAAACAGGAUAUAUUAUCAUCUCUAGUGUGUAGAUUUUUGUAAUUCUUACCCUUGCACAGAAAUUGGUAAAACAAUAAAUCAAUGAAACCUCCCAGAAA